AUGGAGCUAGUUCAAGCAUCUUCGUCUGGUUUACACACAGCAUGGUUGCUCGCUACGUUGGGUUCCAAGGCCUCCACAAGAAACAAGAUGGUCAAAAAAGAUGACAUUUUGAAAGUGCUGAUCCCGGAUUUGUGUCAGGAGUUGCUUGACAAAGAAGAGUCCAAUAUCAAGUACUGUUCGCAGAUUCUUUACGGGAUAUCGAUUCUUUACAAGUCAAAGAUCUCCUAUAUCUUGAAUGACAUCAACUAUAUCCAAUUGAGAUUGCAGAAUAGUCACCAUUUUUUCACUCAUUUCAACCCGGAGCAGUUGCAAACUACUCGAAUCCCAAAAAAAAACUCAAGAUUUUACGAGAAUGACUCGACUUUUCAUGUGAAUCUCGAUUUCACUCCACUAGCGGAUUUGGAGCGUAUUGGAAUCGAGUUUGACAAAGGCGAAGACCCCGCAGCAAAGAGGAGGAAGAUUGAAAUUGCCGAGUUUGACCGGCUGGAUUUUCCUGCUUUCCAUGGUAGUUUGCCUCCCGCAGUUGAAGGAUUGGCGUUUGCAUUGUCGUUGAAUGAGGAGGAAACACGAGAAGUUGAUGCAUUUAUGGACGCGCCGAUUGAUCUUGACAAUCCGCACGAGCAAAGCUUUAAAGAACCAAAUGGUGAGAAUCAGAAUUUGAACUUGGAAUUCGACGAGGAUGGUCAUCUCCAGGAAAUUGACAACCGCGAGUUGUUGGACGAUCCAAUGGGUGCAGGUAACCCUGAUUUUGACCUCGAGGUAUCUCGCCUAGAUGGCGAAGGUGAAGCGGAUCAUGACCCCAACCACGAACGGAGCGAAAGCGCGGCGGAACAAGAGUUUUAUUUGUCUACAAAUACAGUUUCAGAGCAGUUGAGGGCUGCCAAUGAACGCUCGACGAUUGAACGCCAGAACCAGAACCAAAACCAAAAUCAAAACCACAGAUUGCGAGUUGACUCUGAGUCGAUUGUUUCGCGGAACGAGUUGAUGAAGUCUCAUUUGAACUACAUUGCGACGAUGCUACUGAGAAGAAUGCCCUCACAACUUCACACCGUCAAGGAAGUUUACAAAGAGCACAACAACCAAACAACAACUUUACGUCCAUGGCAAAGGUCAAAUAACUUGCAAUUUCCAGUUCUCGAAGACUCAAUCUCACGCACAGUCGAGAUGCACCGACGUACUGAGAUCAUGGCGGGCGAAGCUUCAGAGCAGGCAAGAAACGUUCAAGAAGCCGAAACAGAGCGCCACCGUUUUUCCUCGGACAAUUUGUUUGGCGGAGAAGACGCAGAAUUGAGAGACCCGUUUAAUGAAGGCAUGCUCGAGAUGGAUUUCAAUUCAGAGCUAGAGCAAGAGCUAGUUCAUCAACCCCGUGAUGAUCUAAACCAAAGUUCUGACCGCAUCCGCGGGUCUCCUUCUUGUUCAAACUUUGGAUCGCAAGGGAUGGCCGACUCCCUUACCGCGCGAUUAAACCACUUUAUGGAGUAUUUCGCGUGUAAACUGCUUGAAUUGAAUACGUUUGACGCUGUGGAAAAUUCGUACCGAUUAAAGUUUCUGGAUUUGGCGCCUCCGCGAGCAGGCAGAAGGGAAUCGGGGCUAGAGCCUGUUUCCAAGAGAUUGUGUACAAAUGCAUUUGCUAGCGUUCUUAUCCUUGCUACCAAUGGUCUAUUGACGAUUGAAACUAACCCGCUUGCCUUGGAAAGAAAUUUACUAGGUCCUGACGACAUAAAAUUGACUAUGCAAAGGGAUGAGGAAUAG